ACAGGAGUUGGGGGCUUUCCGGUUGGGUGGGGGAAGGAACCCGGGAAACAGAGUGUGCCUUUGUGUGUGUGUGUGUGUGUGUGUGUGUGUGUGUGUGUGUGUGUGCACGUGCCGCCAGUCUGUGUGCAGUGGGUGUGGGUGUUUGUCUCUCUGUAUCCGCCUUCUCUCUCCUCCUGGACUUUUAGCCUUCCUGGGCUCUCCUUCCUCAUGUCCUGCCUCCUCCCUCUUAAAGCUCAAAGUGGAUGUCCUUGUGGACAAGGGGGGCACACUCCAGGACUUAGUCCAACCCCAGAUGCUGCCUGAGGCUUCCCUCCUGCUCCCCCUCCCUUUCUUUCCUCCCUUGCCUCCCUCCCUCUCUUUCCCUUCCUCCCUCCCCCCCAAGGCUGGCGUGCCAGGGGGUGGGACAUGCCAAUCACUGGCUGUGCCUCUCCCGCUGCCAGCACAGGGCGCAGCUCCCCCCGGGAGCCAGGUGUUUGGGUCCCAGGAGACGCUGCAGGCCCCCCGGAGAGGCAGUGAAGCAGAGGACCCCACAGACCCCUCUCAAAUCCCAUGGUGAUGCCCUUUCUCUGAGGAAAACCUGUGACUGGAGGAAGGGGCUGCUCCUUCAUCUCACCUGGCUGAAAUGAACACCUCAACGCCCCCUGCUGUCAGCCCCAAUAUCACCGUCUUGGCACCAGGAAAGGGUCCCUGGCAAGUGGCCUUCAUUGGGAUCACCACAGGUCUCCUGUCUCUGGCUACAGUGACAGGCAACCUGCUGGUACUCAUCUCCUUCAAGGUCAACACAGAGCUCAAGACAGUCAACAACUACUUCCUGCUGAGCUUGGCCUGUGCUGAUCUCAUCAUUGGCACUUUCUCCAUGAACCUCUAUACCACAUACCUGCUCAUGGGCCACUGGGCCCUGGGCACACUGGCCUGUGACCUCUGGCUGGCCCUGGACUAUGUGGCCAGCAAUGCCUCUGUCAUGAAUCUUCUGCUCAUCAGCUUUGACCGGUACUUCUCGGUGACCCGACCCCUGAGCUACCGAGCCAAGCGCACUCCCCGCAGGGCAGCUCUGAUGAUUGGCCUGGCGUGGUUGGUUUCCUUCGUCCUCUGGGCCCCAGCCAUCCUUUUCUGGCAAUACCUUGUUGGGGAGCGGACGGUGCAGGCUGGGCAGUGCUAUAUCCAGUUCCUCUCCCAGCCCAUCAUCACUUUUGGCACAGCCAUGGCCGCCUUCUACCUCCCUGUCACCGUCAUGUGUACGCUGUACUGGCGCAUCUACCGGGAGACAGAAAACCGAGCCCGGGAGCUGGCAGCCCUACAGGGCUCUGAGACACCAGGCAAAGGUGGUGGCAGCAGCAGCAGCUCAGAGAGGUCACAGCCAGGGGCUGAGGGCUCACCCGAGUCACCUCCCGGCCGCUGCUGUCGCUGCUGCCGGACACCCAGGCUUCUGCAGGCCUACAGCUGGAAAGAGGAAGAGGAAGAGGACGAAGGCUCCAUGGAGUCCCUCACAUCCUCCGAGGGCGAGGAACCCGGCUCAGAAGUGGUGAUCAAGAUGCCCAUGGUAGACCCUGAGGCACAGGCACCCACCAAGCAGCCCCCCAAGAGCUCCCCAAAUACAGUCAAGAGGCCCACCAAGAAAGGCCGAGACCGAGGUGGCAAGAGCCAAAAACCCCGAGGAAAGGAACAACUGGCCAAGCGAAAGACCUUCUCACUGGUCAAGGAGAAGAAGGCGGCUCGGACCCUGAGUGCCAUCCUGCUGGCCUUCAUCCUCACCUGGACGCCAUAUAACAUUAUGGUGCUGGUGUCUACCUUCUGCAAGAACUGUGUUCCCGAGACCCUAUGGGAGCUGGGCUACUGGCUGUGCUACGUCAACAGCACUAUCAACCCCAUGUGCUAUGCACUCUGCAACAAAGCCUUCCGGGACACCUUCCGCCUGCUGUUGCUCUGCCGCUGGGACAAACGGCGCUGGCGCAAGAUCCCCAAGCGCCCUGGUUCUGUGCACCGCACCCCCUCCCGCCAGUGCUAACAGCCUCCCUCUCCUGCAUCCUUCCUCCCCAGCCCCAGGGAGAGGCCGGUGUUCACGAGCUGUAUCUUCAGCCUCAGGGCCCUGCUUAGACCUCCCCUGGCUUCCCAGGCCCCUGGGUCACCUUCCUGGACAGAGCAGAGAGACUGCUAGCUUUCCAAACUUUGCUAUUCCCAGACAGGGAGUGAAACCCGGGGAACUGGUUUUUCUGUUCCCUGCUGUGUGGGAAUAGGCUAUUCACCAGGAAGAAGGCCCAGGAGGAGGAGGAUCCGGGCUUUGGACUCUGUUUGCGUUUAGGCAGGAAAUUAGGAGCCAGCAGGGCCUGCCAGUAAUUUUAACGGUGCAGUCUUCCUUGGCCCUGCAGGGGGCCCAAAUUGCAAUGGGAGAUAACGACCCCCUGGGUCUAAGGUGGGAGCUGACACCAGGUUUGGGACAGAGAGCUGGUAACCCCUGGCUGGAGAUCCCCCUCCCUGCACAGGCAUAGCCCAUCCAGGUAGGCCCUAGGCACACUCUCUGGGAUUCUCCAACUUCCCUACAAAUGUCCCCAGGCCACCCACCCCUAUGUGAGUCACAUCCAAGGCAAAUGUCCAGGUGUGAGCAGGACAGUGAUACCAGAGGAGAUCAGCUUGACUGAACACACCAAGUCCUGAAGCUGGAGCAGGACCAGAUGUCAGGUGUCCUAAAUGACCCAUUAUGCCACUUUCUGGGUUGGGGGAGGGGGGACAAGGUGCCUGAUAUCCAGUCCCAAACCCAUCCUCUCUCCUUGCCCCAAAGUAACCUCGGUCCCUCCCUCCCGGCUCACAGCCAUCACCUGGGUGGAUCUGCUCUGGGCGGAUCUAGCCAGGCCUCCCGCAUGCUGCCUGCCUCCAGCCUUGCCCUACACAGGCCUGGCCCAGCCAGCAGGUUCUCUUCUGUAAACUCCCUAGUCCAACCCAUGCAUGGCCUCCCUGCCACCCUAAUCUCCAGGCCCUGCCUGGCCCCAGAUGUCCUCUCCUUCCAUCCUCAGCAUAUGCUGAGUCUGUGAAUAAAAGCCACGAAACCAGAGGGCACUACGAGGAAUUCCUCCCUGUUUUGGCUCAAGGCCCUGGCCCCAAGGCCAGGAUGGGACAGGGAAGGCACAAGUACUGCAUGCAGGAUGUGGGCUGCAGCAUUUAAGGUGGAUCCAGGAAGGACGGCACGGAAGGGCUAAAUCAACCAAAGCCUGUGGGUCCAGCACCCUGGGGGACCGUGGCUCAGGUGAGUGGUGCUAAAGUCAGCAGGCCUGUUCUCUGGAAAUGAGGUGGCUAGGUGAAAUGCCCCUAUGUAUUCUGUAUAUAGCUGCUCUAGAACCUUAGCAUACCCAGAGAAAACAGAAUUCCUCCAAACUCCAUUGUAGACAGGGAAACUAAGGCCCAAAGACCCAGGAGGAUUACUUAGGACUAUCUCACGAAGAAACACCCAGACUUCCAGGUAGUCCACAGCCUCCUGACCCCUAGACUGUGGAGAUGACAGACCUAGGAUAUUCUAGACCAAAGUAGUCCAUCAGGGUAACCCUCAGGCCACAAUAUUGGUAAGUGUGGUUCCCAAAGUCUAAUGAAAAGGAACCUGAAGAGAUUAACCCCACAGCCUGAGCAGCUAGGAAUCCCAAGACCAACCUUAAUGUCGGUGAUUUGCUAGUAAAACAUACAGAACUCUACAAAGUCGCUAGAGUCACUGUCACAACGAAAGAAUUCAGAUGCCAAUGGAACAGGAGAAAGUGUACAGAGCAGAGUCCCAGAGUAACCAGGCACAAGAUGCCAAUUCUCUUUUCAGGGAGUCACAGAGUGCUUAAUUCGCCAGUAGUGAUGUAUGGCAGCCUCUACAGCAUUCUGCCAGCCAGAAAAAGCACCAGAACCUUGGUGCCUGGUGACUUUACUAGAGGCUGGGCAUAGGGGCAUGGCUCACUGUCCACAUGGCUGGCCUCGGUUAGUGCCCAGCCCAUCUAGAGGUUUAACUGUUAGAGUGUGGUCCAAGACCUCGACCGCAAAUCAUAUUUUCAAAACAGAUUAUCUGGUGUGGUCCAGGGUACACAGAUGAGCAAAGAUUUUCUUUUAGGUUGGAUAGUCCAAUGGUUUGCCAUGAUUCCCAGGAGCCAAACAAGGCCUGCUGAGCUAACAGUGACCCAGACCUGGAGCACCGCUGUCACCUGGGAACUUACAUAGGUAAAUUCUUGGGGUCACCAUGGAUUUACUAAAAUGGGAAUUCUGAGGAUGGAAAUCAGCUGUCUGUAACCCGCAGCCUCAAAGUGAUUCUGGUACAGGCUAAAGUUUGAGGGGGGGAAACUAUUCUAGAGGGCUGAGCUCCUAGGUGGGAUUAAAAAAAAAAUUCUGCAGAGGAAGGAGUGGGGAUUCACCCCACACUGUUCACUGCCUGAAUUGAAUUCCCAAAAACUUUUGGACCUUGAGAGCUAGUCUGGAGGUUCUAGCUGACGAAUGUAUCUCCUGGUAUACCCUGGGCCCAAAAAGGUCCCUGCUCUAUCUAGGAAGAUCUUUCCUCUUCAGCUAAGCCUGCAGCUUUGGAUGGGAUGGACUUGGAGGGGUAAGAGAAGAAGAAGAAGAUGUCUGCCUAGCCGGCCACUAGUAAUCAGUGGGGUGACAAAUGUCUCAGUCAAUCACACUCACAUCACUCAUAACCUUUGGAACAGAAUCUUCCAACACUGUGGGCAACGGUAGCCCAUUAAAAGGUAGAUAAGGAGAAGCUUGCCAGAAGCUUCAGGAGAUACAGCAGUGUGGGAAUGACCCCCAGCUAUAAACCCUGUACCCUGUACCAUCAGCACAGUGCCUCCACAAGCUGUCAGAUGAGACCCUGUGAAGGUAUCUUGCCACUACUCCCUUGUAGCCCUAAGUUCCCUUCAGGGACAAUGUCCUGCCUGUGUCAAAGGCUUGGAGGUGGAGGGACUGGGUGAGCAGUGGGAGAAAGAAGCCGUGGAGUGAGUGGAACUUGCCUCUACUUAAGACAAGGGACCUGGGAGCGGGACUAGCAUCACGAUCAGUAAUAGGAAUAGCAACUUACACUUGUCACUUGUUUCCUGUCCUGGGGACCUCACCAUAGUCCUGCCUUGCCCCCCACAAAAUAACUUUAGGUAUGCCUCCUGUCUUCAUCCAAAACGGGGAGCAAUGCCUUUGCAGGUGUCAGAGGGAUGAGGCAAACGGGUUAAGAGAACCUAGUGGCUGUACCGUCAGUGUCAUCACAGAAGAGGCUGCCACAGUUAAAAGCUGAACUAGGUCCAGUUUCUCCCCCAAGCCAAGAAGAAGAAAUCUCACAUCCUGACAUGACUGGGUUCGAAGCGUGUCCAGGAGCACAUGGACAGGAAGGGGUGUAAACUCCAGGUGAAAUCUGGGUCCUGCAGAUGGCUGAAGAAAGAGUUCUGCAAACCAAGGAGCAUAUGAACCUGAAGGGAGAAGGUGAUUGCAUGGGCAUUCAUCCAUCCCAAACACGGCACCACUCCUGCCCUGAGGGAGUCAGUGUUUUCACCCCAGGAACAAAGACCUCUUCGUAAGGGGAGAAUAAGGUCGCUUUGUGAAUGCCACCUCUACUGGAGCCUGCCUAAAGAAGUGGAACAGGUUAGGAUCCUCCUACCCUCGAAGCCCCACCCAUCCCCAUUUCCACCGUGCCGCUUUGCCACCACCUGCUGGCAAUGAAGGAAAUAGGCUUCCCAAGAAACCUGAUAUUUGUCUUGGACCAGGUUCCCCAGACAAUGGACCAUAACAUAAAAUGAUACAGUAGUGAUCUUGGUCACCCCAGAAACUACCCCCAAACUUCAGGAGAACCCAAAGCUAUAGAAGUCUCACCAGGCCCUAUAAACAUUCAGAAACAGGCCCUUCACUCUCUGACUAGUGAGGCCAUGGAUGUGAGGUGUCCUGAAAUUUGGGGAUAGCUCCAUCCAAGUCUCAAAAACAAACAAACGAAAGCAAGCCCCUGGUCUGGAGGCUUCAUAGUCUUCCUUUUGGGUGACCUAUCCUUGCAGAGUCUCCCAAGGCCUGUAGAGUCAUCCUUGGUUUCAUUCUCAGUCUAGCUCAGGUUUCACAGGACUCAGAGCUGACUCCAAAUUGAAAUUGUAUUUGGAACUUGCAGAGCAAGAGUGUUGUUUGGGCUGGGGGAGGGGUGGCACACGCCUUUAAUCCCAGCACUCAGGAGGCAGAGGCAGGCGGAUCUCUGUGAGUUUGAGACCAGCCUGGUCUACAGAUCGAGUUAGUUUCAGGACAGCCUCCAAAGCUACACAGAGAAACCCUGUCUGCAAAGGAGAGAGAGAGACAGACAGACACACACACAGACAGAGACAGAGACACAGAGAGAGAGAGUUCUUUCACCAGUUGCCCUGCCAGCCUUGGGCUCUAAAGGACUAGAUGGUAUUGCCUCUGAGACCUUUGCUUCCACGACAAACCAGGGAAGCUCAACAGUCUGACUAUCCCAUUAAAAAGUCCAACUCUCCCUUUCCCUGCCCAGCUCUUGUCCUCCUGCCCCUGGUAUUUGGUAUCUCUGCCUUCCUGGAACCGCCGUUCACACGGUUGCUCAAGCCAGAGACCUGGAAGUCAGCCUAGACUCCUCUGUACUCCCUGUGCCCAGUCUACCUCUAAACAGUUCUCAAAUUAAUCCUGUUUUCUCCAUCGCACUGCAGGGCUCUUGCAUAAAGUGCUAAAACAAUCCCUCAAUUCAGAAGUAUCAAACUUGCUCUGUGAAAGGCCAGAGAGCAGACAUUUUUUGACUCUACAAGCCAAGAGACAAAAAUGAAGGAUACACACCACCACUAGUAUAUUACAUAGUCUCUCCCACUGCAGUUGGAGGUAACCAUAAAUAAUAUACUAGAGCAAAUAAGAAUGGCUAUAUACCAAUAAAACUUUAUCUGAAUCUAA